CAGAGAGGUCCCAUUCGCGCACUGGAGAGGGGGAACAGCCACAGCCCUGCAGCAGCAUGGAAGAUCACAGUGAGUGUGAAGAUUUUACCAGCCUGCACUUCUGGCUGAUACCUUCAGUGCUCCUCACCAUGGCUGCCUGCUUUUUCCACAAACGACAGGCAGGUGGAGCCGUGGAGCACAGACGCUGCCUCAGUGAGCGAUUCAGCUUGCCGCUGCCUCUCCAGAUGUUGAGCACUCAUAGCGGUCGGUGGGGCUUUGCUUUGGCAUUUUGAUCCGUCGUCAGUGUGCUGCUGGAGAGAUUCAUGAGAGAGGAAGUGGACAGAUGCCUGCCUUUCCAGGUGCCCAGGUGGGCCACAGCCAUGGUGCAGUUCCUCUCUGCCCUGGAGGUGGCGCUAGUGCUCUAUCCCACCUUCAUCUGCCUCACUCAGGAGAGCAGCAUCCUUGGCAACCUGAUGGGCUUUGGCUACACCCUGGCCUGGUUUGUGUAUCAGGUGGUACGGACUUCUGAGAACCAAACUAAACAGCUUCCCUGGUACAGGUACCCCCAUGUAAUGCCCCUCCCCUCUCUGCUGUGCACUGCCUACCUCGUCCUGCACUUCCUCUUCCUGUUCUUCAAAGUGCAGCCCAUGCGACAGCACCGACAACCUCCAGAGGAGGAAAAGUGGCCAGUGGUUCCGCACCAUAACAUUCAGUAUGUGAAGCGCCUGCUACAGCCCACUGUCCCCAUUGGGGAGAAGCACUGGUUUCAGAGGAGGGUGUAUGAGUGGGACUCCUGCUUCAGGUUCCCGGCUCGAAUGCUCAUCAUGGCGGUGGUGGCGCUAAACGGAGUCUACACUCUAUCCUUUGUGCUCAUGGUGAUGGAAAUCAGUUUUUCCAGGUUUCUCAACAUGUGGUUUGGUGUUCCAACAGAUUUCCCCAGAGGAGCUGCUGCUAUCUCUCUGACUGCCCUGGUGACUGUCUACCACAUCUGUCAAACCAUGGCGCAGUACAAGUGCCAGGUGCAAAGCCUGUACAGGGGGGAUCGAUCAGUCUUACCUAAAACGCUCCCACGCAGCAGCACAGCACUGACUUGGAGCAUGAGAUACAUUGGAAUGCAGUUUGCCUAUAUCUGUAUCAGCAUGACGUUGCUGUAUCCUGUCCUCUCCCUUGCCAUUGUGGUGUUUCAGCAGUUCAUCGUGCAGCCUCUGAGGGAGGGGAACGUGCAGGUGCUCUUCCAAACCCUGGGAGACAUACUGGGAAACGUCGUACCUGUGCUGCUCCUCACCUUCACCCUGCGGGUCAUAUCACGACGCUUCUUCCUGCAGGACACGCUGUCAGCCUGGGACGAGGAGAAGCCUCUGGCCCUCAACAGCAUCCGCGCCCUGGAGAACACCUCCUACUUCUGCCUCUUUUACUUUAUGAUUCUGGGGUUGGUGCAGAGCUCUUUCAUCUUCCUGUCCAGAGCUCUCCUGGGGACCCUCAUGUUUGCCCGGCUCGACCAGGCAGCCAGCCUUUCUGGGCUGAGAGGGCAUUUCAACUACGGGAACUUGGCCUGGGUGUCUGUGCUGUUGGUGGACUCCGCCCACACGAACCCCACUGCUCUGACCUUCUGCCACCUCCUCCUCACAACCAGAACGGUAGGCGGGGCCAGGGUGUGGCUGGGCGGGGCCAGGCGCCGGUGGUGGCUGUGCUACACCCUUCUCAGGAACCCCAGCCUGGUGGAGCUUCGCAGACAGGGGAGCCCUCCCCCUCCAGGAGUCUGUUGAACAGUGAACAGACUGCUGCUGCCCUGAGUGACCUGCG